AUGGUGUGGAUUUGCAGGAUGUGUCCAAUGGAAGGUCCAGGUACACUGUUGGUAGGGAUAGUCCUGUAUAUCAAUCUCAUCGGGCGAUCGGAUGCUGCCUGUUCAAACGGGAAGCACCUGUUUACAAACUGCACAAACCCAUGUCUAGCUGGAGAGGAUAUGGUUUUCUGUGAGUCCGACCGUACCGCUAGAUGUCGACCGGAAUACUGCGGAGGAUGCAUUGCUAGAUUCUUCAAUGAUGCUGGCCAAGAAGUCCGCUGUGAAAAGGAGUAUGGCUUCAUCUGUGAACUCAAGACACACACAAUUGGUUGUCUGCACCAGCCGGGCACCGUUCUUCAUGUUUCCUUCGCUAACUACGGUCGGACAUCCGCCACCGUGUGUGUCCAUCCCUAUGGUUUGGAGCGGCUCCAUAACACGACGACGUGCAGCUCUCCUCGGUCUCUGAGUGUUAUCAGACGAAUGUGUGAGGGCCGAUCACAGUGUACAAUUACCGCCGACAGAGAAUUGUUUGGAGAGGAUCCUUGCUACGGCAUCUACAAGUAUCUUGAAGUGGAGGUUGAAUGUGUUUCUCCAGGUACGUUUAUUGAUACGGGUGACAUCCAUGGCAACGCAACCGUCUACGUCUUUUGGCACUUUGGUGACGUCAUUGCUGCCGUUUCUACUCAUAAGCAUAAUGUAAUUGCUACCACAGGUGGAAUGGACAAUUAUUGGGCUUCAACACAGUGA